GUGACAGGAGCUCCUCAGUGUUGGGGAGUUUAAGGCUGGUGUGACAGGAAACACUCCAGCAGUGUGUGUGUGUGUGUGUCUGUGUGCGUGUGUGUGUGUGGUGGCGGUCCUACUUGGUCAGCACCUUACCAGCUGGUGAUGGAUCUGUAUUUUCUGACCCGUGGGCUGCUGUAUCUGUUCCUGCCUGUGUUCGGGGUCCCGGGGAACUGUGCUGUGAUCUGGGCCUUCCUGCUGGCACUGCGCCAGGAGGGCACCCUCCUGCCGGCCGAUGCCAUCGUCCUGCACCUGGCCUGUGCCAACCUGCUGGUGGUGAGCUGCCGCUGUGUGUUCGAGGUCUUCGCCAACUUCCAGGUUUUUAACGGCUUUAACGACCCCGGCUGUAAGGGCAUCUACUUCAUAUACAGGACGUUCCGUGGGCUCUCUAUCUGGCUGACCUUCACUCUGAGCUCCUAUCAGUGUUUGAGUAUAGCGCCCCCUGGCUCUCACUGGGCGACGCUUCGCUCGCUGUUUGGCCGUUAUCUGUGGCUGAUCUUCCUGCUGCUGUGGAUCAUCAACACCUCGGCCAGCGCUCCGACUCUGGUCUUCGCCGUCGCCGCGAGGAACGACUCCAAGCUGCUGGAGAACAGCAUCAACAUCCAGUUCUGCUUCAUCAACUUCCCCUCCGUCUUCGCUAAAGACGCUAACGGUGCGUUGCAGGUGGUCCGGGACGUUAUCCCCAUGUCUCUGAUGACCACCGCCAGCUUCAUUAUCCUCGUCUUCCUCUACCGCCACAGCCGGCAGGUCUCCAAUCUCCGCAGCGGCGCGGGAACCGGAGGGGGCGGAGCUUCAGCCGAGCGCCGGGCGGCCAUUUCUGUGGUAGUGCUGGUGACGUUCUACGUGCUGAUGUACGGCGUGGAUAACGGGCUGUGGGUUUACACACUGACGGUCAAGCAGACGCUGUCCUCUGCUCUAAUCAGCGAUCUGAGGAUCUUCUUUUCUAUGCUCUUCGCCGCCAUCAGCCCCAUCAUCAUCAUCACCACCAACAUGAAGGUGAAGAAGCAGCUGUUGUAAUGUUAUGUCAAACAAACCAGAGCUUAAAAAAGAGGUAAAUGAGAAACACGUGACAAAAAUCAGCACUCAGGAGAUGAUGAACAGGAGAACAGUUCCUUUCACUGACUGAGAUGACACAGACUGUAAGGGGCUUAUGGGAAUUGUAGUGAAGGGAAAUGAAUGAAGCAAAUAGAGAACAUGGAUGCAGAACAAACAUUUUUACCUUUUUAUUGCUGGAGCUUUGAUUAAUUGAUUAACGUAAGAUAAUUAAAUAUACCUUUUAUUUCAAGAUGUAAUUUUAAGAUUUUGAUUUUGAAGUAUGAAAUUUCUACAUUUGUAAAGAA